AUGACCGACGUUCAAAGCGCGGAGCCAGCCAGUGAGCGCACUCCGCUGCUGGCAGACAAUGAAGCUCGUACAGCUUCAGCUUCACCUAUGCACGCUGGGGCGCGUCCGCCCGUCUCUGUCGCUGUGGACCAUGUCAAAACGCAUGGGCUCGAUGACCUCAACACAGCGCUCUCCAUGAUCACGCAUGUGGAUGACAUUGAGAAGGCUGCAUAUGAGCUCAUUGUGCUACUACAACUCAACGCACUCGCUCGACGGCCUGUCCAUGUUUCGCGCAAGAAGGACGUCUGGGAGACGUGGUCGGACGAAACUCGCGACGUCGUGGACAAGUACCAGUAUGAGACACAAGCUCUCAAUGCCUGGGCGACGUUCAGCUCGCAGCCGCGGACAACGCUAGAACUCGAGACUUGUCUAUGGACCCCGUUCCCUUUGGAGAUAGGCUCGGCAAAGAUGAUUCGAGUGGUAGAUAUGCUCGCGGACCGCGAUGCGCCAUCCUUGCUCCUAACGGACAGUCUCAUCAUAAUGAGCUAUCUCCAUACGUGGAAGUACGGAUGGGCUGCGAAUCCUGCCCCUACGACUGCGAAGCGUAUUAGCCAAAUUGUCACGAGUUUUGCAUCCCCUAGGAUAAUGCACGCCGUAGACUUGCUCUUGCAUGUCAUAUACCUCAUUCUCCUCGCACACUAUCUGCUUUGGCCCCCACCCCGCCCCGUUCUCAGCAAUUUAUACCUGACCAUCGGCUUGCGCGGGAUCUUGAUCACCAUCUACGCUGUCGCAACCGUCUGCCGUCUCUCGACAAACGUGAUACCAAGCUUUCUUGUCGCCUUUGCUUUCCUCGCAACACUACCCUCGGCCCCAUAUCCUGGCGGUUUCGCCUAUGCGAUCCUGCUUGCUGCUUUCAUACUGCAUAUCCUGCUUUUGCACACCCCACGCACACCAACGCCGUUCUUGCUUUUCAAACCCGAUUUCGUCUUGCCCUUGGCAGAGUUACUCAACGGCGAAUUCACCCAUACCGUGCAGCCCGCAUUCCUAUUUUGGGUACCAGGUCUACUGGUCACGCUAUACCUACUAUCCGUCUCGCUAGUGGACGACUUGCCGUGGCUUCCUCCAAUGCACAUGAAUGGGGGGACACCUUUCGUCAAGAUAAUGGCCUCCCCCAUGGAAACGCGUCAAGCAUUUCUGGCUUUGGCCAUCAUCAUGCUCGUACUCAUCCUCUUUUCGACGGUGGUGACCGUACUUUACGGAGCAACUCUUCGCGCUGCAAUGCACACACCGGUCGAAGCAUGGGAGCGUUACUCGAAACCUGUCGGGGCGCGCGCGCGACAGCGCUUCAUCGCGGCGCUCGCUUUGUAUGCCAGCCCACACGUAUUCCCAGCACCAUUCAACCUGCUGCAGCUCGUGCUGGUACAUAUUCCAGUGACUGUGCUACAUCUUCGCGGCCCAAGAGAGCUACAAAUAGCGCGCACGCUUGAAGCCAUCUCAUGGUGGGCCACAGUGGGCGUGUGCGGGACGGCCAUCGCGGUCGUGUGGAAGUCGGUCCCACGGCGACCUUACUGGGCUCGAUGUAUUGUUUUUUGUACAGAUGAUGCCGUCAUAUACAAGUGGCCGGCCUCCAAGACUGGCCCGACUUCGAGUGGUUUUGAGGACACAAAGAAUAACCACCGCCUCUUUUGA